AUGCAACCCAGUCAACCUGCCACGCUCGCGGCGCUCCGCGCAGCUCGAGCUCAGGCAUCGAGAUCCUUGAAAUCCUUAAACUCUCAGCGUCGCAACCUACAAGACAUUGCUAUUACCAGGACGGGCAAGCCGAUCAUUAGACAGCAGGGAGGAAGAUCCUCAUUGGGUGGACAUACUGUGACAGUAUUUGGAGCAUAUGGCUUUUUGGGAAGAUAUAUCGUCAACAGGUUGGCCAGGCGGGGCAACCAAGUGGUCAUCCCAUUCCGAGAUGACAUGGCCAAGCGGCAUUUGAAGGUGUCGGGCGACCUGGGAAGAGUAUCCUUCAUGGAAUUCGACGUACGCAACACACAGUCGAUUGAAGAAAGUGUGCGACACUCCGAUAUGGUUUUCAACCUGAUCGGCAAGAACUAUCCGACCAAGAACUACAGCCUAUGGGAUGCCAACGUCGAAAGUGUGGAAAGAAUAGCGGAGGCCUGCGCCAAAUAUGACGUGGACAGAUUCAUUCACGUUUCGUCCUACAAUGCCGAUCCCAACUCCCCGUCAGAAUUCUUCAGGGUGAAGGCCCAAGGAGAGCAAGUUGCAAGACAACUGUUCCCCGAGACGACGAUUGUUCGACCGGCUCCCGUGUUUGGAUUUGAGGACAACUUACUACAUCGUCUGGCAAGGGUUACGAAUUUGUUCACGGUCAACGGAAUGCAGGAGCGCUUCUGGCCGGUUCAUGCUAUUGAUGUCGGCAUGGCCCUCGAACGGAUCGGCUACGAUGAUACCACUGCUGGAGAGACCUUCGAAUUAUACGGUCCCACGAAUUACAGCCUCGCAGAGAUCGCAGAAAUCGUGGACAAGGAAAUCAUCAAAGAGCGUCGACACAUCAACCUGCCGAAAGGCCUCUUGAAGCCUGUGCUUCACUACCUCAAUAAACUCGUCUGGUGGCCCGUCAUGUCGGCCGACCAGCUUGAGCAGGAGUGCCUCGACCAAGUGAUCGACAAGUCCGCAAAGACCUUCAAAGAUCUCGGCAUUGAGCCCGCAGAUCUUAGAGAUCUCACGUAUCACUACUUGCAAGACUACCGAAGCAGCAGUUACUACGACUUGCCUCCUGCCACUGAGAGAGAACGCAAGGAAGCAAGCAAGUAUCUGCAUGUCAUCGAUGAUCAAUAG